AUGCCGACGAGAAGCAAGAAAGAAACUGUCGCUCUUCAAAUCCCAGUGGACUGCGAAGAGGAUUGGGAACAACUGUUGGAGCGAAAAGGCCUGAUUCUCGCGGACAUUUACUCCGAAUGGUGUGGGCCUUGCAUAGCCAUGGUGAGCACCUUGCGGAAUGUGAAACUGGAAGUGGGCACCGACGCGAUCACUUACGCGAUCGUGAAGAACGACAACAUCGAAGACCUCCAGCGUUUUCGUGGCAGAAGCGAGCCGGUUUGGAUGUUCAUCCAAGACGGGAAGAUGGUCAAUUUGAUAUUCGGUGCCAACUGUCCCCAUAUUCGCAAAGUGCUUAUGAAGGAGAUAAAGAGAGUGCAGAAUGAUGAGGAGCCGGAAAUGCGACUGGACGUUAGCACGAGGACGCCCGAGGAAGAGAUUCUGUUUCAACAGAAGGAAGCUAUUAGAAAAGCGAUCGAGGAUCGGAAGCGUGCCAAAGAAGAGGCCGAGUAUAGAGAGAAGUACGAGGCGUUCCUAGCACAGAUGAUGUUCGAGCUCAGCGAGGAAACGGCUUUGGUCUUUUAUCCGUGGGUCCUCAGGGAUGAAGAGGGCCGACACAGGGACAAGUACCAGAGUCCUCAGUACCUCGAGCUCAUCAACACGUUGUUCAAACAGAAUUUCGACAUUCUCGAGGAGCUGCGAAUCCAUCUCAACGAGGAAAAUAUCGAGAAGAUGUUCGUCGAAAGCAACGUAGAAAUUACGAAAGAAUUAAUCGCUGGAUUAACUGAGGGUAGAACCAUAGCAAUGAGACUGAAAGGUAGACGCCCUCACCCCGAUUGGCCAGUGCCAUACCCCUUCGAAUGUCCAAAAGGAACGAAAAGGUGUCCCCAGCGACAGAUCAACGAUGUCGAAGACUACCUGGUGCAUUUGUUAACCAGUAAAACGCCACUGCUUCAAGGGACCGUAGUACCAGUGCCCGAGAACUCCUCUUACAUGGAAAGACACGUGUACGAGCACGUGGUCGAUCCGGAGGACGAGGAAGACUUCCCUCGUACCCAUCCCGCAGUCUGGGUGCCUCCUCAAGCCAGGAGCAAGGUACAUGUAUACACAACCCUCUUCUCCAACUAUAUGGAGGUAGUUCACCCUUACGAAGAACCCGUCCCACCGCCUCCUUAUUGCGUCUUCAAGUUUUACUAUUCGAAAUUCCCAGUGGUUCAGGAGACGUGCACGCAGUUCCCCGAUGCGGUCGAGUAUUUUGGCGCUUUCGAGUACGAUAAGCCUCCUAUGGCCAGGCGAAUGGCAUCCAGCCCCGAGGAUUUCGAGAGAAAGGAGAGGUUCCACACGGGAAACGAGGUAUUCGUGAUAAUAAUACGAAGGGUUACCGAAGACGCCUUCCUGUCGUUCGCCAGCAUCUAUCCGUACUUCGUUACCGAAGACGACGAGGAGGCUCAGGCGAUGAUAGACGAGUACUUCCCCGAGGGUGCCGAGGAUGCGAUCCUCGAUCUCUUCGAAGAUGACGACAUUGACGAGGAGGAGGAAUUCUACGAAGAGGAGGAGGAAGAGGAAGAUGACGAGGGACAAGACAAAGAACCCGAGGAACCGUUCUUUAAUGCUGACAUUACUUUUACUAUAUUUUAA